CAUAAUGGGAGAAACUCCUGCUGCUAUCUGUCUGUGAGCCUGCAGUUGGCAGGGCAGAGUCGUCGGACAGGGGCUCCCUUCACCCGCCCAUUUCCUCCGGUGCAAUAUAUGAUAUUACAUACACUCCAUACGUCAGCUAUUUGAACGAUUCGAGCAAAAACAAGUAUUAAAACGAGUGUUAAACGGCAAAAACUGAAAUAGUGAGUUAAGUCGUACGCUUUUGUGGUCCUGCCAAACUCGGAUGCAUGUUACCGAGUUAGCUAGUUUGUUAGCAAGAUAAAAUUGACAUACUAAACGUAAAUCUCAGGUAGUUUUGUUAAUUUCCCCCAGAAGCCGCCGAUUAUUUGUAUACGGAUCACAAGAAAAAUCAAAACGAAAAAUAUGGCCCCAAGAAAAAAAGGCGAGAAGAAAAGGAAUACAGAGGAGGUUACUGAAACAAAGGAGCCACAACAUUCUGGUGCAGAACCAUCAGAUGGCAGCAGCAGAGAAGAAAAAAUGGCACAGAAAAGGAAGAUAAAGCCUAAGAAAAAAUACAUAGGUGCUCACGUCUCAAUAUCAGGAGGAAUAUGGAAAGCAGUCGAAUCAAGUGUGGCCAUAGGAGGUCAUGCUUUUGCACUUUUCUUGGGCUCCCAGCGCUGCUGGACGAGACCAGCCCUUGAUACAGCAGCUGCAGUUAAAUUUCAAGAAGCCUGUGCUCAACAUGGCUUUGAUCCGAUACACAUCCUGCCACAUGGAUCUUAUUUGAUGAACUGCGGUUCCCCCAAAGAAGACGUGUUCAGUAAGAGCCAGAACAUGCUUGUGGAUGAACUGAGUCGCUGCAGUGCACUGGGCCUCAGCCAGUUUAACUUUCACCCUGGAGCUUCUAUAGACUCCACCCCUGAGAAAUGCAUGGAGAAAAUUGCCCAAGCUAUUAACCACGCACACCAGCAAACCCCUGCUGUCAUUACAGUACUUGAAAACAUGAGUGGUCAGGGCAGCACUAUAGGUGGGCAGUUCAGUGAACUGAGAAGUAUAAUAGACUCGGUACGUGACAAGACACGUGUUGGGGUGUGUCUGGACACUUGCCAUGCUUUUGCAGCAGAUGCUUAA